AAAAACAAAAACAAUCUAAACCUGAAACAGAAACUUAAACCGGCCGGUUUAACAAAAAAAUUGGUACAAAAUAAUAAAUUAACAGCUCAUAAUGGAGGUCGGAGAUGCGAAACCAACAAAUCUCCAACUUUACUUCGCCAUAGCACACAGUAACCGGUCUCCGCCGUCUAGAUCUCGCUGCUCACCGCCGAUGACAGAAGGAAUGAGAGGAGCAAGAGGUUCCAGAUCAUCCUCUGUUAACUCUAAUCCUCUGAUACUUGACAUUGAGGACUUCAAGGGUGAUUUCUCAUUCGAUGCGUUAUUUGGGAACCUGGUGAACGAUCUCUUGCCGUCUUUCCUGGAAGAAGAAGCUGAUUCCGGUGAUGGCCACGGCGGCAACAUUGAUGGUUUCGCAAAUGGGCAUUUACGUGGCCACGCUGAUGCAUCCAGGUUGUCUCAGAUGUCUUCUUCUGCUCCUUUCUUCCCUGAAGUAGAUGGUCUCUUGUCUCUGUUUAAAGAUGCUUGCAAGGAGUUGAUUGAUCUAAGAAAGCAGGUUGACGGAAGACUCAACACACUAAAGAAAGAAGUUUCAACCCAAGAUGCCAAACACCGGAAGACACUAACUGAGAUAGAGAAAGGUGUGGAUGGUCUGUUUGAGAGCUUUGCAAGGCUGGACGGUCGGAUCUCUAGUGUUGGACAGACCGCAGCCAAAAUAGGAGAUCAUUUGCAGAGUGCAGAUGCUCAGCGGGAAACUGCUAGCCAGACCAUAGAGCUGAUAAAGUACCUGAUGGAGUUCAACGGCAGCCCAGGGGAUCUUAUGGAGCUUUCCGCUUUGUUUUCUGAUGAUAGUCGCGUAGCUGAGGCUGCUUCCAUCGCUCAGAAAUUACGAUCCUUUGCUGAAGAAGACAUUGGAAGACAAGGUGCGACUACAGCUGCAGGAAAUGCAACCCCUGGCCGAGGACUUGAAGUUGCAGUUGCUAAUCUUCAGGAUUACUGUAAUGAAUUGGAGAACAGGCUUUUAUCUCGUUUUGAUGCUGCAUCACAGCGGAGAGAUCUAUCCUCCAUGUCAGAAUGUGCUAAGAUUUUGUCACAGUUCAACAGGGGCACGAGUGCUAUGCAACAUUAUGUGGCAACACGUCCAAUGUUUAUUGAUGUGGAAGUCAUGAAUUCAGACAUUAGGUUGGUGCUUGGUGACCACGGUUCUCAGCCUAGUCCUAGCAAUGUUGCCCGUGGACUUUCUUCUUUAUACAAAGAAAUUACAGACACUGUACGCAAAGAAGCAGCAACCAUUACAGCUGUUUUCCCCGCUCCAAAUGAAGUUAUGGCGAUCUUAGUUCAGAGAGUUCUCGAGCAGCGUGUUACAGGCAUUCUGGACAAAAUUUUGGUGAAGCCCUCUCUUAUGAGUCCACCACCUGUGCAAGAAGGCGGACUAUUACUAUACCUUAGAAUGUUAGCGGUUGCAUAUGAGAGAACCCAAGAACUUGCUAAAGACCUCCGAGCUGUUGGAUGCGGUGACCUGGAUGUUGAAGAUUUGACAGAGUCCUUGUUUUCCUCGCACAAGGAUGAAUACCCUGAGCACGAGCAGGCCUCCUUAAAACAACUAUACCAAGCAAAGAUGGAAGAGUUACGUGCUGAGAGUCAACAAGUCUCGGAAUCAUCUGGUACAAUAGGACGCUCUAAGGGUGCUUCAAUAUCAUCUUCUCAGCAGCAGAUAUCAGUCACCGUUGUGACGGAGUUUGUUAGAUGGAGUGAAGAAGCAAUAACCAGAUGCACACUGUUUUCAUCUCAGCCAGCCACACUCGCAGCCAAUGUUAAGGCCAUAUUCACUUGCCUGCUAGACCAGGUAAGCUUAUACAUAACUGAGGGACUUGAACGAGCAAGGGAUGGCCUGUCUGAAGCAGCAUCAUUGAGGGAGAGAUUUGUUUUGGGCACAAGUGUUAGCAGAAGAGUGGCUGCUGCAGCUGCCUCUGCUGCAGAAGCUGCUGCUGCUGCUGGUGAAAGUAGCUUCAAAGCCUUUAUGGUUGCUGUGCAACGUUGUGGUAGCAGUGUUGCUAUAGUUCAGCAGUAUUUUGCAAAUUCUAUUUCUCGGCUUCUCCUACCAGUGGAUGGCGCACAUGCUGCUUCAUGUGAAGAAAUGUCGACUGCUCUGUCAAAAGCAGAGACUGCUGCUUAUAAAGGACUCCAACAGUGCAUUGAAACUGUGAUGGCUGAGGUUGAAAGACUGCUUUCAGCUGAGCAGAUGGCUACCGAUUAUAGAUCACCUGAUGAUGGAAUUGCUCCCGAUCACCGCCCAACAAAUGCCUGCAUAAGAGUCGUGGCUUAUCUCUCCCGGGUACUUGAGUCAGCCUUCACUGCCUUGGAAGGUCUUAAUAAGCAAGCCUUCCUCACUGAACUGGGGAAUAGGUUAGACAAACUACUGCUAACUCACUGGCAGAAAUUCACCUUCAAUCCCAGUGGAGGACUGCGGCUGAAGCGUGACAUAAACGAGUAUGGAGACUUUGUUAAGAGAUUCAGUGUUCCAUCUGUGGAAGAGAAAUUUGAGCUUCUGGGAAUAAUGGCGAACGUAUUCAUCGUUGCUCCAGAAAGUCUGUCGACUUUGUUCGAGGGUAGUCCAAGCAUUCGCAAAGACGCGCAAAGGUUUAUUCAACUGCGGGAAGACUAUAAGAGUGCAAAGCUUGCAACAAGACUGAGCUCGUUGUGGCCAAGCUUGAGCUGAUGAUCAUGCCCAUGCUUUUAAGUAAACUGCCAGAGAUAUCUUUAUGUAUAUACUUUAUUCAUCAUUUUCCUUACACUCUCUGUCUGUCCUCCUUUCAUUCUGAAUCUUUUUAUUAUGAUUGCAUCAAACACGUGCACCAGUCACUGCCUUGUUAUGUUCAAGAGUUGGUAAUGGUUUGCAUAGCUUUAAGUU